AUGAACACGGAUCAGAAAAUGCGUGUCACAAAUAUUUGCCGUAAGAUCGGAUCUGGAACGUCUCAGAUGGCCGUACUAUACCAAUCUCUGAAGCAGAAAGCUAUUCUUGCGCAUACCACUAUACAGCACCUACAAGAAAACCAGGAUGUAGCGAGCUCCCUCAGCCAAUUUAAGAGCACUGUUGAAGAAAAGCUGAGUACGCAGGAACGUACCUCCUUUGCCGAUAUGGUGAAAAAAGGUGCUGAUAAGUUUGUCCGUCCAAACAAUGUUAGUACCCUAGCUAUCUACCCUAGUGACAAGACCAAAACUAGUGAAGAAACGAAGUCUCUGGUCCAAAAAAUCAUUUCACCGGAGGAACUGAAACUGCACGUAAGGGGCCUUAGAAAAGUGAGGAAUGGAGGCGUUCUCAUUAGUGCCGCAACUAGAGGGGAUAUCGAAAAACUAAAGCAGUCAGAGAAAUUAGUUUCGUCAGGCCUAAAAAUUGAAGAACCUACUAAACGUAAUCCGAGAGUCACUGUUGUGGGUGUACCCGUAGCCCUGACUGAAAAAGAGGUACUUGAAUGCAUUUACGAGCAGAACUUGGCAGACAAGUUUCCUGGCGCUUCUCGCGAGUCCUGUCUCAACACCAUAAAACUGAGCCACAAAUCAGGUAAGAAAAGCCUUCCUACCUGUAACUAUAUACUUGAGGUGCCGGCUAACAUUAGAAAAGUGCUUAUGAAUCAAAUGAGAAUCUACAUAAACUGGACUUCUUGUCCAGUUAGAGACUUCACGCUGGUGACUAGGUGCUUCAACUGCCAGCAGUUUGGUCAUGCAGCUAAAUAUUGCCGUGAAACCAGCCCAACCUGUAACCAUUGUGGAGAGCUCGGGCAUACCUUUAAGGAAUGCAACAAAAAAGCUGCACCACCUACUUGUGCGACGUGUAAGCAUUUCAAAAGGACAAGUGAUCACCAAACUGGUUAUGGAAGUUGCCCAGCACGGAAAUACGCUGAGGACAAAUACAUCAAUUCUAUAAACUAUGAGGGCGCCUAA